GUUUUGAACGCAGAGAGCCAAAGCUAAGAAGUCAAUUGAAGAUACCCGUUGAUUUGAUCGGAGCAACGUCUUCUCCACACUCCAUAUUCAGACACCCGAGAGAGAGAGAGAGAGAGAGAGAGAGAGAGAGAGAGAGAAUGAAUGAGAUAGACAUUGCAGAAGAGAAGAAAGGGUUUCUCUCUAACGAAACGAUCUUAACCCAUAGACAUGUAAACCCACAGCCAAGAAAGGGUGGUCUCAGAACCAUGCCCUUCAUCAUAAUUAAUGAAUCUUUUGAGAAGGUAGCGAGCUACGGGUUGAUGCCAAACAUGAUAUUCUAUUUGAUGUAUGACUAUGGCAUGAGCACUGCAAAUGCCUCGAUCAUUCUGCUUCUCUGGUCAGCCUUGUCCAAUGUUAUGGCCAUUUUUGGAGCUUUUCUCUCUGAUUCUUAUUUGGGUCGCUUCAAAGUCAUCGCUCUUGGAUCCUUCUCCAGCCUUCUUGGUAUGAUACUUCUCUGGUUGACAACCGUGAUUCCAUGGAUGAAACCUUCACCUUGUGGCCUGUUGGAUAAUGGUUGCAACUCUACGACGGCUGCACAACUUGCUGUUUUAUUCUCUUCUUUUGGGUUAAUUUCCAUUGGGGCUGGAUGCGUUAGACCUUGUUCUAUGGCAUUUGGUGCAGAUCAAUUGGACAAUAAAGAGAAACCUGGUGGUGCAAGGGUAUUGCAAAGCUACUUCCAGUGGUACUAUGCUUCAAUUGGGUUAUCAACCAUCCUUGCAUUGACGGUUAUUGUAUACCUUCAAGAAAACGCUGGGUGGAAAGUUGGGUUUGGAGUUCCAGUAAUUCUCAUGGCCUCUUCUGUUCUUAUGUUCUUAGUGGGUUCCUCUCUUUAUGUCAAAAUGGGGGCUGGUACGAGUUUCUUGACUGGAUUUGCUCAAGUAUUUGCAGCAGCAUUUAAAAAUAGAGACCUUUGUUUUCCUACGGAUGGUGACUCCAGUGAAUGGUACUAUCGAAGGCAUGGCUCAAAAUACUUCACACCAACCAAUAAAUUAAGGUGUCUAAACAAGGCUUGCAUAAUUAGAGAUCCUGCGAGAGAUUUGAAUCCAGAUGGGUCAGCUUCGAAUCCAUGGAGCCUUUGUGAUGUGGAGCAAGUAGAAUCACUCAAAUCUGUUAUUCGAGCUCUCCCCAUGUGGUCUGCUAAUAUCAUGAUGAUGGUGAGCUUAAGUCAAAGCUCCUUCGCUACGCUUCAAGCAAAAACUAUGAAUAGACACAUUACUCAAAAUUUUCAAAUCCCGGCGGGGUCAUUCAACGUGGUCAUGAUUGUUACCAUUACGAUAUGGGUAGCCUUCUAUGACCGUGUAAUGGUGCCCCUGCUUCUGAGGUACACUGGCCGACCACUAGGCACCAAAACUCGAAUGGGAAUUGGGUUGGUGUUGUCAUGCAUGGGGAUGGCACUCUCAGCAAUAAUAGAGGGAGUAAGGAGGAGAACUGCAAUUGAAGAAGGGUUGGAGGAUCAACCAAAUGUUGCCACAGACAUGUCUGCAAUGUGGUUAGUCCCACAAUAUGUUCUUCUUGGUCUGGCUGAGGCCUUCAAUGCAGUUGGGCAGGUAGAAUUUUAUUAUUCGCAGUUCCCGAGGAGCUUGUCUAGCUUUGCAAUGGCUCUUUUCACACUGGGGAUGGCCUUUUCUAGCUUGGUGGGGACUCUUCUGGUGGAUGUUGUCAAUAGUGUUACAAGCAAAGGAGGCAAGGAGAGCUGGUUGUCUAACAACAUUAACAAGGGUCACAUAGAUUAUUAUUACUGGCUUAUCACUGUACUAUGCUCAAUCAAUUUUGUGUAUUUUCUUGUUUGUUGUUGGGUUUAUGGGCCUCCCGAAGAUGAAAGGACUAGAGCUUCUAAUGAGGUUGAAGAAGAGUUCGAGCACAGAAACUUGCCUUCAGCUUGAUGGGCACCUCUCUUCUCUGUGAAUGGUACAACAAACUUUCCACUUCCUGUUUAUCGAGAUAGGGCUUCAUAUGGUUGUCAUGUAUCAUUGAAUAUUUGAUGGGCUUGUCUUAUCCCUCGUCAAUGUUACCAGUUAUGCAGAAAAAUAACCUACUUUUAUGCUGCAAA